AUGGAGUUCAGAAACUCUGGGAGUUGGAUAUGGAAAUCCAUAGGAAAGUUGAGACAUCUGGCCAGACCCUUUAUUGUCUAUAAGUUGGGUACUGGGAUCACUUGCAAUUUCUGGAGUGACAAUUGGACGGGUAUGGGAAGUUUAUUGGAAAUAACUCAAGGAAGAGGACCGGCUGCAACAGGUCUUCCCAAGAAUGCAGUGGUCGCUGAGGCUCUGAGAGAAGGUCAGUGGUGGAUUUCUCAGAGUAGAAGCAGGAACCCGAUAAUUCAAUUGGUGAAACAAUGUCUUCCUUUGCCAUCAGUGGUAGAUACAAGGCAUGAUGGGGAGGAUGAUUGUUUCCUUUGGAAGGUUGGUGAAGCGGAACCUUCAGAUAUCUUCUCUACUGCUACCACGUGGGAUCAUCUCAACCCACCCCUGGAUACAAAGGAUUGGUACGAAGCGGUGUGGUUCAAGGAGAAGAUUCCCAAGCACGCUUUUGUGGCUUGGUUAGCAGCGCUCAACAGGUUAACCACAAAGGAUAGACUUAUAAGUUGGGGGCUAGCAGUUCCUCCACACUGUCUACUGUGUGGAAAUCAUGAGGAGUCACGACAACAUCUGUUUUUUGAUUGUGUGUAUGCGGAACAAGUAUGGCAGUAUUUCUACUCAAGGGCUGCAGUUACUCCUCCCAACCUAUUUCUUGAUGCUUUGGUGUGGCUCAAACGGCCUUGCAGGAAUAGAAAUGUCGCAGCAAUUCUCAAGCUGACAUUUCAAGCCUCAAUCUAUCUUCUUUGGAAGGAACGUAACUCACGAUUGCAUACUUCAACCUCGAGACCGCCGGUGAACUUGAUACAAGAGAUCAAAGUCAUCAUUCGCAGUCGACUAGAACCGUUCUCCAGGAUCCAAAACGCUAGACAGGUGUUACUCGUUUGGAGGCACGCUGUAUCCCCCGCUAUAUCCGAUGCCACGGUUGUUCGGCAAUAUGAAUGA